GCAGUGAUAGAGGUCUGAUGGAGUUACCGAAGGGGAUACCAAACGACACCAAAGUCCUAAACCUUGCCGAGAAUGUCUUGAAGGAGAUACCUAAGAAUGGUUUCAUGGACCUUCCGCACCUUAUUUUGCUCAAUUUGACUGGCAACAGCAUUGACAAGCCUUUCGAAAUUCCAGAGUCUGUGAUGAUGUUACACGCUCGUGGAAAUCAACUGCAAGACAUCGACUUGGUCAUGAAAAAUGGAGUCCAGCUAAAAACAGUUGAUUUCGAAGGCAACAGAAUGACGGCUAUUGGUAGAGACACCUUUGCAAGAUGUACACAGUUGACACAUGUGUAAGUUUGCAA